AUGGAAGGACUCGAGAUCCUAGACUUCUGGGGCUUCGUCAAGUAUCUCCAUGGUCGAAGUCAGUGGGAAAUACCGGGCCAAUCAGAACCCUUCCACAGGGAUUUUCCCACCACCUCUACCCUUCAGACUCCCACUAAGCGGCGGAGGGCGAGGAGGAGGACAGUAGAGCCCACUCCAGAGCCCGCUCCAGUCCGGGAGCCCACAGAGCUCAUUAAGGAACUCGCUCCAAUUCGGGAGCUUAUAAGUGUUGCCUGGCAGGAUUCCGACUCUGCUCUGGUUGCCCGCCUGGGUUCCUGUUUGGCAGGAGCCUCACUGGCUCAUUACUCCGGCUCCAUCCUGGCUAUCUGCUGGGAUUUCUAUGUGGUUGGGGCUUUGCUGGUUCAUCCUGCCGGCCCGCCGACCUUGGCCUUUCACCCUGCCGGAACGGCACUUUUUAUUUUUUCUCUCCAGGUUGUGAUUGAUGCUUUCAGGCUAAUAAAUGCCAAUAUGAUGGUACUGGGUCACGAGCCACGUCAAACCACUUCUAACCUGGGACACCUCAACAAGCCCUCUAUUCAGGCUUUGAUUCAUGGGCUCAACAGACAUUAUUACUCCAUUACCAUUAACUACAGGAAGAAUGAAUUGGAACAGAAGAUGUUGCUGAACCUCCACAAGAAAAGCUGGAUGGAGGGUCUGACCCUGCAGGAUUACAGUGAACACUGCAAACUGAAUGAGACCAUCGUCAAGGAGAUGCUCGAACUGGCUAAAAACUACAAUAAGGCUGUAGAGGAAGAGGACAAAAUGACUCCUGAGCAACUUGCCAUUAAGAAUGUCGGAAAACAGGAUCCCAAACGGCAUUUGGAAGAGCAUGUGGAUGUUCUUAUGACAUCCAAUAUUGUGCAGUGCCUCGCAGCAAUGUUGGACACAGUUGUGUUCCAGUGAUUUCCCUCUCUGUCUGUGCAUAAAUGUUCAUAUUCUGCAACUGUUUUGUCUUUUUAAGAAAUAAACACAAAAUUCCAGUAA